CGGAUCCAGCGCUGCACCAGGCCACAGAGUCCUUCAGCCCGCCCCCUCUGGAGCCCAGGCCGCUCUAGAGCCUCCUCUCGGCUAAACUGGUCCACAAACUCUGUCUAAAGCUUUAUACAGAAGGAUAUCAGCGCUUCUACCAUGACUGCUGGAUUCAAUCAUGGGCGAUAAUCAGCCACAGACCAGUUUCUCUGUAACUCUGAUCUUUCUGAAUGAGAACGACUUGAAGCAAGAUCUGCCGACUGCCAGUCAACAUCAGGAGCUUAGACUUCAGAUCCGCGGAGAGGCUGGCGACAUCUGUCUGACCGUUAACAACGAUGCUGGCGUUUGUGUUUUUAAGUUCUCCAUCACGAUGGACACCGAGUGUUGUCGGGUGGCCACCCGCUCAUUCCUCAUCACUCUGGGCUGUUUCAGUAUCAUCAUGCGCUUCAGCACCCAGUCAGGUCAGUUAUCUGUGGUUCUGGAUGUGGGCUGUGGAACAGGGAUAUUGUCCUUCUUUGCCGUCCAGGCCGGGGCUAGGAAAGUGUACGCGGUGGAGGGCAGUUCUGUGGCCAAAUAUGCAGAAAUUCUAGUUCAAACCAAUAACUUGUCCAACAAAAUCACAGUUUUGUCAGGAAAGAUUGAGGAAGUUUGCUGCCCAGAGAAGGUGGAUGUGAUCAUCUCAGAGCCCAUGGGCUACAUGCUCCUCAACGAGAGGAUGUUAGAGAGCUAUCUGCACGCCAAAAACUGGUUAAAACCCAAAGGCAUGAUGUUCCCGACUCAGGGUGACAUUCAUCUGGCUCCUUUCACUGAUGAACAACUCUACAUGGAGCAUCACGCUCGCUCCCACUUCUGGAAUCAGAGAUGUUUCUAUGGUGUGAACUUGAGUGGGCUUCAUUCUUCUGCUGUGGAUGAGUUCUUCAGACAGCCAAUAGUUGACACGUUCGAUAUGCAGGUUCUCAUGGCCAGGUCUGUGAAAUAUACAAUCAACUUUCUAGAGGCAAAAGAAGAAGAUUUACACCGGUUGGAAAUUCCUUUUGUCUUCAAACUGCUGCAGUCAGGGCUGAUUCAUGGACUUGCUUUUUGGUUUGAUGUGGCCUUUGUUGGCUCAAGGAUGACAGUAUGGCUGUCCACUGCUCCAAAUGAGCCUUUGACUCAAUGGUAUCAGGUACGCUGUCUUCUGCAGACCCCUCUGUUUGCUAAAAUGGGGCAGACGUUAUCUGGACGGGUUCACCUAAUAGCAAACAAGAGACAAAGCUAUGACAUUCACAUCACUGCUGUGGUUGAUCAGUCUGGAUUUAAAUCUGGGAACUCACUGGAUUUGAAAAAUCUUUUUUUUCGGUAA